AAAAGAGAAAGAUGCAAGAAAAUAUCAAUGGCCAUAAAAGGCUUCCCAAUGCAUCCAAAGAUUGCCCUGAGAGAAAUAAUAGAGAUCUUACAAGUUGUAUCAAAGUUUGAUAUUCUAAACAAGAUGAUGAUAAAUCAACAAGUCAAUUUAAGUUUUUCCCUGCUCCUGAAAUUUGAUGAGAAGGUUUGGCAUGGACAUUUGAAAUUCAUUCUGUUUGGCUUGAAAAUGUUCUAACAGACAAAUUUUGGCUGAUAACACAGGAUACCGAUAUAGCUGUAGGGCCAAGAGGACUGCCAAGGUCAACACAGGCAAGAGAACACUUUAUGAAAAACAUAUCAAAAACGACAGCUGGACAUCAUAACACUAAUUUAAAUCUAAGGCCUAAUGAAAACGAGAAAUAAAACGAAAACAAAACGAGACAAGUUUUCUGGUUGACAUUAAUCCACGGGGAAUCAUUUCUGUUUCCAAAACAAAUAAGGGCUGUGCGGGUUUACAUCAGCUAAACGAGUGUCAUGUAGGGUUUCUGCACCGUUUGUUUACAAACUCCUGAACUUUUUGACUUGACAGGGAUUUUUCUGACGCUACGUCAACAGAGGUGGAAUGCGCGCGUGCCAAUAAGAUGUUAAUAAGAUACGAUAGACUCGCUGUUCAGAAGUGAGUCGCACGGGUUUACUCAGUGAACGCUCUCGGAAAACAUGUUUAUUUGAUGCAAGUUUUUUGGUCUGACUACAGAAGUGGAAUAUUGGAAUUUUGGACUGAGUUAAAAGCAGCGAUGAUUCAUUUGUCUUCGCGCAUCUCUUUUUUUGCGCAUCAUAGGAUCUCCACGCACUUUUAAUCGCGUCUCGGCAGUGCAUUUAAAACGUUUUCAUGCUGUUCUUAAUUACUGCUGGGUAUGAUGCCAGUACAAAGACUCGCCGACCAAACACGGACACAUAGGUGGGACAGUUUCAGGUAGAUUUGACCCGUUUGUGGAUGUAAAUCCCUGGAAGAUGCUCUCUAUGCAGAAGAACGUCCUCUUGUUCCUUAUUAUCCUCGAAACGACCCUCACACCUCUGCAACGAAGGGUGGAUGGCAACCCUUUAGUGAUGGAUCCCAAUAGUAUCUGCCGUAGAACUAGAACAUUGGUAGGCAGACAUGCUGACAUGUGCCAGUCUCAGCCUGAGAUAAUUCAAGAAGUGGCAAAAGGUGCCCGGUUGGGAAUGCGAGAAUGCCAACAUCAGUUCCACAGUCGUCGAUGGAAUUGCACCAGUCAGGGCAGAAACCUGGCCAAGAUCCUGCAACAAGAUAUCCGGGAAACUGCAUUUGUGUAUGCUAUCACAGCUGCUGGGGUGCUGCAUGCAGUAACACAAGCCUGCAGCCAGGGAGCGCUGCCACAGUGCGGCUGUGUGACCCUUCAGAGUUCCUCUGAAACUUACCACGACUUCCCGGCAGAGGAGGUACUCAUCCAGGCUUCACCUGUCCAAGAUGGGCGCUGGGAAUGGGGGGGCUGUGGAGAUGAUGUGGACUUUGGCUACGAGAAGUCUCGUCAGUUCAUGGACACCAGACAGCGAAAAGGCAAGAGUGACAUCAGGACCCUUAUUGACCUGCACAACAACGAGGCAGGAAGACAGGCCAUACGGAUACAAAUGCGGACCGAGUGUAAAUGUCAUGGCCUUUCUGGUUCCUGCACUCUUCGCAGCUGCUGGAGGAAGAUGCCUCUCUUCCGUCAGGUUGGUGACUACCUCAUGCAGAGCUUCCAUAAGGCCAUCCGCGUGAUGGGUGGGAAUGAUGGUAAAUCACUUGUCCCCAUCGAUCCAGAUACCCCUCCCCUGGAUGUUAAUGUUCUUAUCUAUUCAGAUGAGUCACCUGAUUUCUGUCAGACCAAUCAAAGGACGGGUACAGAAGGCACACAGGGUCGUGUGUGUAACAGCACAGAGACAGGGAAUGGAGGAUGUGAUAGCCUGUGCUGCGGUAAAGGAUUUGCAGAUUACACACUGGAAUAUGAGGAAAACUGUCAGUGUCGGUUUCACUGGUGCUGUGAGGUUCAGUGCCAAAGAUGUUCUGUAAGAAAGGACGUCAGCCUUUGCUUGUGAAGUCCACUCAAGGAGUUAAAAAACAGAAUUGCAUCUGUAGUAGUUGUGUUUGAACUGGAAGGGCAUAAGUUUUCUUUCCUGUGCAUAUUCUAUGCAGAAUGAAGACUUGUGAAAACAGGUGCUUAUAAUCCUCUUGCUCACAUGAAUUUUUUGAUGGUCCACAAGACUGAGCAAUAUCAAGUCAGCAAGUCAGGUGGGAGCAGUGUUGCCAGGUUUUGCUAGAGAAAUAAGCGACCUGGUCUAAACAAAAACAAGCCUAAAUUUAGAGACCUGGUCUGGGAAAACAAGCCCAAAAUAAGCUAACCCUGGUUUUUGGUUAAAAAAAAAAAAAACACAUCCCUUGACUGCCUAAACCUAUAAGCAACUGCUUGAAAAGGCAAGCCCAAAGUCGUUUAUAAGUAGACCUGCCAACACUGUGUAGGACUUAAAGCUUUUAUUUUUCCUUGGUAUCUGAAAAUGAUCCAAUGUCAGUACUGUCCAAGGUGCUGAACCCCUGACUGACAGCUGCCUCGCAGACCUAAAGAUGCAGUCAGUACCUGACUGAUUUAGAACAUUUGUUGGUCUAAUUAUGAAACAUUUGUCCAUUGUUUUACACCUUCCAGCUUUUUUCUUCUGCACCUGCACAUGCAUUUUAUUAACUGCAUAUAUUUGUAACAAGUAGUAGGCUAUACACUGGAAAAAUGGUAACCUAAAAAUGUUCUUCAUGUGGCAAUAUUUGAUGUUCUAAAAUAUUUUCACAAAUUCAUAUAGAAAUAGAUUGAACGAGGGCUUAAAUGUUUAAAAAUUAUAUUUACCAAGCAAAAACCAUGUUCAAAAACAUCAGAGAUGUAUGAGUCACACAAAAAGAGGAUACAUAGGAUAUAUUGUCUCCAUGUUUACACACAACCAACUAUGUAUAUCAAACCAAAAUUAAAAUGUUACAUCACAAUAAAAGAAAAGGAACGUGUUUCAGGAAAAGAAUGAAAUAUUUCUUUAAGGUAACAAUUGCAGGUUUACCUGUUUUUACAGUGUAUAACAACAACAUGAUAGUGGGCUUUUUCACAAUGCCAGUGUCUUACGUCUUAUGCUUGUCUUUAAAUGAAUGUCCACAAGGUGGAGCAUAAACAUGGCUCUUCAAUGCUGCAAAAGUGUCUGAGGCUACUGUAAGCAAUGCACCUGCACCACUAGGGUUUAAAAGACCAUAUUUGUGUCAUGGUGUGUAUACCGAUUUAAAAAGUAUGAAUGAUCUAAAUAAAUGAUUUUUUG